AUGAGUAGGAAUGUAGACAAGGCUAACUCAGUACUGGUGCGGUUCCAGGAACUUGAAGCGGAAAAAUGGGGUGGUUACAAAGACUAUUCGCGAUAUAAAAGACCGGCUCGAAUUACGUCGAUCAAGAAUAGUAAAGAGGCCCAACAAUGGCGUCGUCAAGUUGUCCAAGACAUCAACUCUAGAGUGACUAGAAUGCACGAUCCAUCAUUGAAUGAAUUUCAGCUCAGAGAGUUGAACGAUGAGCUGAACGAUCUUUUUUCGGAAAAAAAUCGUUGGGACCGUCAUAUCCAUAAAACUUUGAAGGGACCCGAUUUCUCUCACGACAAGGCAUUCAAAUUCACGGGCAAAGUUUAUAAAGGCCGGCGUUAUUUUGGACGGGCCCUUGAGCUGCCGGAAGUAAAAGAAUUGGCUCAGGCUGAUCUUGAACGUCUUGCAAAGCUCCAGACCAGUCGCCAGCGACAGGCAGCUCUGCAAAAUAAAAUGAAAGUGUGGGAAAAAACUCUGGGUCCGGACUAUUAUGGCGUUCUUCCGGACGAAAACAUACAUUUCAAGCGUCCUUUAACCGUGGACAGCCGGAAUGUCACCGAACUUUUGACGUUAGAGCCCUCAGAUCAAACACCUCUCAGGGAGUAUGAAGAUGAAUGGACGGUAGCUUACAGGUCCGAAUUAGGGAGCGAAGAUGGAUUCGGGAAGCCACAAGUAAUUAUCCCGGAGAUGAAUUACGUUCCAGAUCAGACAGAAUUGGAAAAGUGGUUGGUGCAAAGACGGAAAAUGCAGCUACAAAAACAACUGGGACUAUAG